CCCUCCCAUACUCCUCCAUUGCCAUCUCCACACCCAUAUUUUCUCACAUAUUUUCACUGCAACCAUACACUCUGACCAUCCAAACACUACAAACAAAAAUCGCCACCGUUCAGUUAUGGCGCCGAGAGAGAAGACGGCGACCGCCGUUAGGGUGAACGGUAACGGAAACGUGAAGGAGGUGCAUUUUAGAGGCGUGAGGAAGAGGCCGUGGGGAAGGUACGCCGCCGAGAUCAGAGAUCCCGGCAAGAAGAGCCGGGUCUGGCUCGGAACCUUCGACACGGCGGAGGAAGCCGCCCGGGCCUACGACAACGCCGCCAGAGAUUUCCGCGGUGCCAAGGCCAAGACAAACUUCCCUCUCCUUUCGGAAAAUGUUAGCCUGAAUAUUACAAAUAAUAAUAAUAAUAAUAAUAAUAUAAAUAUUAAUAAUAAAAUUAGUGGCGGAAGCAACAAUCAAAGCCCGAGCCAGAGCAGCACGGUGGAGUCCUCCAGCCGUGAGCCGCCGGCUCUGAUGGUCGAUUCCUCGCCGUUUGAUCUAAAUCUCGCUCACGGUGUUAGCUCCGGAGGAUUCAGCCCCGCGCCGAUGAGGUUCCCCUUCCAGCACCACCAGGUUCCGGGAAUCGGACCUGUCAUCCGAGUCCCGGCUUCCUCCGCGGCAGCCGCGAAUCACAUGCUCUAUUUCGACUCGGUGUUCAGAGCCGGCAUGUUGAAGAACCACCAAAUUCAUCAACGGCUGAGAUUCGAUCACCACAACUUCCACCAGCAUGAUUUCCAAGCCGCUGGUGGUGGUAGUUUCGCCGGUGGGGCCCAGAGCGACUCGGACUCGUCCUCGGUGGUCGAUCUGAACCAGAACGAUCUGCCUCGCGGCGGCGGCGGAGGCGGAGGGUUCGAUCUCAACCUCCCUCCUCCACCGGAACUCGCCUGAUUUUGUUUUUGGAGAAGAGCCCGGCGGCCGGCUGAGUUAAUAGGAAAUCUUCAAUUUCAGUUUUUUGUUCUUUCUAAUUUUAGUUUUAUAAUUUACGAAUUUCUAAGAUAGAAAAAGAAAAAAAAAAAUACGCUGAGAGCAACCAAUUAAAGAAGCUCCAUGUGAAUACGUAGCUGAUCGGAUCAUCAUCCUUUUUUUUUGCAGCAGCGAAACUCCACCGUGUUUCAAUCUGUUGUUCGGAAUUAGACACCCCUUGUUUUUUCAAUGUCAAUUUUCAGUUGUAAUCUCCCGUUUCAGCAAUAAUUAUUUUCCCCUAAAUGUAA